AUGGAUGACAAGAAGCUGGAGUCUCAAGUGAAGUCGUCCGCCGAUGGGGACGUCUCGGCCGGGGAGACAAUGGUGCUGUCCAAAGACGAGCAGCACCUGGCGAAGCUGGGGUACAAACAAGAGUUCUUCCGCCACCUGGGGCUCUUCGAGAACUGGUCCGCAACAUACAUCACGAUGAACUUCGUCUCGGGCCUGCCGGUGCUUUUCGGCUUCGCCAUGUACACCGGCGGGCCCAAGGCCGCAUUCGCAAACUGGACCAUGAUCGGAGGAUUGUCUUUCAUCGUCUCGCUAGCCAUGGCCGAGAUCGCAGCCGCCUUCCCGACGGCCGGGGGCAUCUACUUCUGGAGCUACCGCCUCGGCGGCAAGCGGUACGGCCGCCUGCUGAGCUGGAUGACGGCGUGGUGGAACUGGGUGGGCUGGGUCUGCGUCGUGCCCGGCGUGCAGCAGGGGUCUACCAAUUUCCUGCUCAGCGCCCUGGAGAUCAAGUACCCGGACUCGUCCCUCAUUACCCAGGGCUGGUUCUCGUGGCUCAUGACCGCCUUGGGGAUGGUGCUUGCGAUGCUGCCCAACGUCAUCUCGCAGAGGGUGCUGCAGCUCUACUUCCGCUUCGCCAUGUUCAUCUUCUUCGUCCUCUUUGCGUUCUACUGGAUCUGGUUUCCCAUCAAGGCUGCUGGGAAGUUCCAGUCGGCCGAUGGGGUCUUUGACAAGUUCUAUAAUGGCAUCAAUUUAGGGUCGGAGAAAGAGGCCUCCGAUGCGUAUGUUUGGACCAUUGGGAUCUUGUUCGGGGCGUGGGAGUUCUACGGGUACGACGCCUCGGCCCAUCUCGCCGAAGAGACGCACGAAGCAUCGGAUACUGUCGCGAAGGGCAUGUGGGCAGCUACGCUCUGUGCAUGGCUUUUGUCCGUUCCGACCCUCAUCAUGGUCCUCUUCUGCAUGCAAGAUUUCGACGGCAUAGUCUCAGCAAGCUACUCCAACAACUGGGCCGAGUACCUGGUCCAGCUCGUCGGCGCAGACGGUGCCGUGGCGCUCCUGGUCCUCUUCUGGCUCGACUCGACCUGCGCCACGGCCAGCUGCUUCAUGUCGGCCCAGCGCGUGACCUUUGCCAUCUCGCGGGACGGCGUCUUGCCUUUCUCGAGGUAUUUCCGAAAGCUCAGCAAGAACCGGAUCCCGGUCCACGCGGCCUUCUUGGUGUUCUUCCUAAGCAUUGCCAUCACCUGUGCUGUUAUCGGAUCCGUCGUUGCUUUCAGCGCCAUCACGGCGACGGCUACCAUUGUGACCAACUUCUCGUAUCUCAUCCCCAUUGCCGCGCGGCACACGAUCGGGAGGCGCGACUUCCAGCCGGCACACUUCAAUCUCGGGAAAUAUAGCGUUGUUGUUGGAUUGAUCUCAGUGCUUUACAUAAUGUUCCUUUUCGUGGUGCUCCUUCUACCUCAACUGUAUCCAGUCACAGCGGAAACUCUGAACUAUGCCCCUAUCUGCAUUGCAAUCGUCACGAUUGGAGAAGUGAUCGCCGAACGGGUCCAAGAGAACUGGGACAGCCUUUCAAUCGGGAAGUGGAAAUCCUUCGACGUGAAGGGGCGGGAGACGCUUGAAAUCAAGGUCACGGGUCGUUGGUAG